UGGGGUUGUGACAUCAUAAGCGUUUGCAUCAUGUCGUUCGCAGGUCGGUUCAAGGCGUUUGUCAACCAUCCGACGGGCCCCAAGACCACGCACUUCUGGGGCCCCGUGGCCAACUGGGGCUUCGUGGCCGCCGCCAUCGCCGACAUGAACAAACCCCCCGAGAACAUUUCGAUCAACAUGACGAGUGCGAUGGCGGUGUACAGUAUGAUCUUUAUGCGAUUUGCGUGGAUGGUUCAGCCUCGCAACUACCUCCUUCUCGCGUGUCACGCGUCGAACGAAGCAGCGCAAUUGUAUCAACUGAAACGCGCGCUUGUGCACAAGUGGACGUCGCCAGCGUCGGCUUAAACCUAUCAACACGACCGACAUGUUGUAUAUCGUUCA